ACAAUUAAUUCACUUUUUGGAAAAACUCUACCAUAACUCCAAAUUUGGAGGGGAAAUAAUUUUAUAAAAACUUUUGUACAUUCAUUCAUUUAUAUCGCUGUUGACCCGCAACGAAAAUCUUGUCCAAGAAAAAAAAAACCAGGUGGAAGAAGCUAAGGCUAAUUUCAACCUUUGGCGCCGGCCUUCCACUUCUACCUUUAACACUUUCCAUGAUUUUUACCUCUUAUAUAUACUUCUUUCGCAGCCUCAUCGACAAGCAGAUCAAUAUUCUCAACAGAAUAUAUAGUGAUUGAUAUGUCUUCCCCAUGGAAGAAGCAGCCAGAGGAGGUAGCGGGAGCGGUAUUGAAAAGAGCUGAGUUGAGCAAGAUGGCUCGGAAACUGCAAAAUCGAUUGGCGCUCGCACAAUUCAAAGCCGAAAGGGGUUGGGAAGAUCUUACACUGGAUACAAUAGAACCAAGGAUGGAAGAAGAAUUAAGAAGAAGACGGCCAACCUCAAGUGGAGAUAUGUUAUCGGACUCAUCCUCCAGUGUUGCGUCUGAAAUCCCUUACUCGAACCGAAGAACCUUACUGAGUUCCCCUUUGAAAGCCACCGCCAUAUUUUCCGAUCGAAUUGUAUCGAGUGGUAGCAGCAUUGGGCCUAGGAAGAGGUCGUACCACACUACGUUCCAACAACCAAGCUCAACAGCUGGAUCUCGAAAAAGAGUUCGCUCUUCCCCCACACCAAGUAGAUUAUUACGUCAACCAAAUAGCUCCUGGAAAAGUCACCGUCAACUGGCCCAGUCGUCUCCCAUCAAGCCACGCAAACCUCACUUCACCACCUCGGCAGGACCAGAUCUCUCGUUCUACCGGGGAUCUUCACAUAUGCCAGAUGACCUCACCUCUCCUAACUUCGCAGCCCUAUCUGACGAUGAAGAGAGCCACCUUCCUCUACACUCUUUUAAUACCCGACCUUCAUCUCCGCGAACCCCGUCUCCCAUUAGGAACAGAGGCAACACACACCGUCGAAUCAAAGAAGGUAAUGGCAGGUCAGCAGAAGAAGAAGCGGAUCUUUUACUGUACCUUAGUAGCCCCGCAAAUCCAAUCUCACGAACAAGCAUGAUGCAGCCACCAUCUACACCACCCUCCCGGAAGCUUGAUCUGCCAUCAUCUAUGAUGACUACUCCUAGUUAUAGCGGGGGUUUUUCGAUAUUCGGUGCGCCGGCCACACCUUCACAAGGAUUCGACUUCGCCGAUUUUGUCAACAUAACACCAAGUCCCGCUCAGACGACUUGGACCCCAAGAGCUGCAAAGACCCCAUUAACUGUUGCACGUAGGCGCUUGACUUUUGAGAACUUCCAUCCACAAAAUGCAAGCCCAUCAAGGCGUGACAGUCCUGCUUCUAAGCAUACCGGACUUGGCAUGCAGUUGGGUGGUGAUCUCUUGCCCUGAUUUAUGCUUAUUUUACGUUUACGAUUCACAUUGAUGUUGACGAGCAUCGACUUCUAUUCUCACGAUUAUGUUACUUUGUAUAUGAAUUUGACGGCUCUUAUAAUGUUCUUUCUGCAUGCGGUACGAGCAGAAGUUUGGUGUUUUGGUGGGAAGCUAAUAUUUUGGGAGUAAAUCCCUGGUAGGAAUAUGAAAGAUGUGAUAAGUUUGGUUAGUUUUAUUGUAUUCUAUGUUAUGGCGGUAAGAAAAUAUAUGAUGGGAAGGGACGGCGAGAUGUGACCAGCGGGGUCGUUUGGAAUAGUGAAAGGGAAGGAGUCGAGAAGAAGGGAAGGAAAUCCUUGAGAGCGCGUCUUUUUCUCUUUUGCUCACUACCUAUCUAGAUAGAAUGGCGAAUUUUCGUGUCAAAUUCGCGAUAUGGGGAUUUCAAUAACCAAUGGACUUCAAGUUAUCAGGAAUCAAUUGUUCUCGAAUUUAUGAUUGGUGAA